AUGGGUGAGAUACACAAGACCUGUGUGAGGGUCAACUCCGCGGAGGACGAGUCGAGGGACGAAGUUGAUCAUGACCUACCAAAGAAGAAUCCAUUUAUACGGGACAUAAAUCCUGAUCAAUGUUCGCUAAACGAAUGUUUAUUUCAGGCGACAACGAACCGCAAGUUACGUGAAACGGUGGCACUGGAGCUGAGCUUCGUCAACUCCAACCUGCAGCUACUGAAGGAGCAGUUAGCGGAACUCAACUCUUCCGUUGAACUAUACCAGGGGGACAGCAAAGAAUGCCUUAUGCCUAUGAUCCCGCUGGGUCUAAAGGAGACGAAGGAGGUGGACUUCCGAGAGCCUUUCAAAGACUUCAUCCUGGAGCACUACAGCGAAGACGCGGCAGCUUACGAAGACGCCAUCUCCGACUUUAUGGAUAUGAGACAGGCUAUGAGAACCCCAGUCCGUUCUACAGUGGGCGUAGCACUUUUAUUCAAGUAUUACAACCAGCUGUACUUCAUCGAACGUCGCUUCUUUCCUCCAGACCGUUCUCUGGGGGUCUACUUCGAGUGGUUCGAUUCAUUAACUGGUGUACCAUCGUGUCAGCGGACGGUGGCGUUUGAGAAAGCCUGUGUGUUGUUCAACAUGGCUGGCAUCUACACACAGAUUGGCGCUAAACAGGAACGUACAACAUGCUCCGGUCUAGAUGGCGCGGUGGACGCACUGCUGCGUGCUGCGGGCGCACUUCGCUAUAUACAUGAGAAUUUCACUAACGCGCCUUCGGUGGACCUCGCUGCUGACACUCUGCUAGUACUCGGGACACUAAUGACGGCUCAAGCACGCGAGUGUUUAUUCGAGAAGCUACAACUACAAGCGCGGGAGGCGCGCGGCGAGGCGCUGCCCGCAGACCUCGAUAUGUGCCUAGACUUAGCACAGGAGAGCGCGCAGCUCGCACACGUCUACAAACAACUACACGAUAAAAUGCAAACUGAAGGUGUAUUCAACUACGUGCCAUACUCGUGGGUGUCAUUAGUCCAUGUCAAGACUGAGUUCUAUAAAGCACUGGCUCACCAGUACUGCGGCGUGGCGCUGCUGCAGGCGCCGGGCGCGCGCGCAGACCGCCUCGCGCAGCUGCACGCCCCCGACCGCACGCAGGGAUGCAAUAACGUGUCGGAAGUGGAGCCGACAGCGCUAGGUCGUGCUCACCUCGCGGAGGCACUUGCUCUGUACGAGGAGGCGCUGCGGCUGCAGAGGAUGUGCAGAGAGUUGCGCGGCAAGGAGGCGCUGUCCCGUUGUGUGACUGCGCAACGCGAGCGCGCGGCGCGGGCCCGCGGCGGCAGGGAGGAGCCCGACUUCGCUGACAUCAUCGACGCUCCAGCGAUACUGCCUGCAUCAAAAUUCGAACUAGCAUUAACACCACCCGACUUCGCUCAACACCGAGUAGAAGACCUAUUCAAAUCUCUAGGACCUAUCGCGGUCUUCUCCGCAAAACGACACUGGAGCGCGCCACGACUUAUCCAACUCCAGAAGAACACGGAGAAGAGAAGAGAAGCACGACGGGACAGAAGGAACAAAGAAGACAACCUGAGAAGACGAAGCGACAAACGAGAUCAUUCAGAAGAUAACAGCACAUAUUACAAUCAAAGAGACGAGAAGAUUCUAGACGAAAAAAGAGUGACGAAACAAAAUGGCGUCUACAUAAACAGUUAUAAUAAUAAUAACUACGAUUACCAUCAUAAAGUUAUCGAAUACGAAUACGAUUUCACUGAGAUAGAGAAGGAAUCUAAAUUAAAGAACGGAAGAGAACGGAAAGAGUUAAGAAGAGUGGCGAGUGAGUAUAAUGUGGGAAGUAAUAAAGAUGAAGAAGGUUUUGGCUUCACAGUGAGAGGAGACGCGCCUGUAAUUAUAGCUGCAGUUGAACCUAACUCUUUGGCUGAUGUAAGUUAUUUCAAUUAUAACUUAAUCUCUUAUUCUUAACUUAUAUGCCCUUAAUUGACCUUAACUUUUCAAGUUUACGACAGAAUGUUUCUAAGCUUUGAGUUUGUAUAAUUCUAGUAUUUCAUCAUCGUCUCCCCUGCCUUAUCUUACUCCCG